CAUACAGGCUGUGUUAAGUCCAGGCAUCAUCCUGUGCUACUUCCUCUGCUAUUAUGUUCUGACAGUGGCUGAAUUCUGAGGCCAAGAGAAGCGAGCAGCAGUAGCAUCCAGCAGAAUAAAUCCAGCCUUUGCACCAGAGAGUAUAAGAGUGAACUAUGGAGGCGAACAAGAAACAGCAUAACCCAAACCCUAAAGCGACUGCCAAUCCGAUCUCCAAGUUGUUCCUCUGGUGGACCAGGAAACUGCUGUGGAAGGGCUACCGGCGCGAGCUGGAGGAACACGACCUGUACACGCCUCUGGAGAACGACCAGUCCCAGGUGCUGGGCAACCGCCUCGAAAGAGCAUGGAAGAAGGAGAUCGCGAAGGCGAGGCAAGCAGGGAAGGGGAAGAAGCCGAGCCUGCUGAGCGCCAUCUUCCGCGCCUUCUGGCUGCAGUACGCCGUCUACGGCGUCAUGUUGGCCAUCCAGUGCCUCGUCAUCAGGAUAGCGCAGCCUCUGCUGCUGGGAGAGCUGAUCAAGUACUUCUCCGAGGGGAACGUGGACAUCAGACAGGCGUACUACUACGCGGGCGGCAUGAUCGCCACCGUGUACUUCCUCAUCUGCUUCCAGCACCACUACACCAUGGGCACCGCGUGUAUCGGCAUGCGCAUCAGGAUAGCUUGCUGCUCGCUGCUCUACCGCAAGGUGUUGCGGCUGAGUAGGGCCUCAAUGGAUCAGACGGCGACGGGCCAGAUCGUGAACCUCAUGUCGAACGACGUGAGCCGGUUCGACCUGUGCCCGCAGUAUUUGCACUGGAUGUGGAUCUCCGUCAUCCAGGUGCCCAUCGUCACCUACUGCCUCUGGCGCUACGUCGGCAUCGCCGCCAUCAUCGGCUUCUGCUUCAUCUUCAUGAUCACCAUCCCUAUACAAGGUUAUUUGGGAAGAAUAACUUCACGGCUACGGAAACAGAUCGCUGUGCGAACGGAUGAACGUAUGAAACAGAUGAACGAGAUCGUGUCGGGCAUACAAGUGAUCAAGAUGUAUGCGUGGGAGAAGCCAUUCGCCAAACUUGUCUCGUUAGCCAGAAGGAGUGAAAUAGACGUGGUGACGAAGACAUCCUAUGUGCGAGGCUACUACCUAUCUUCACUGGUGUUCGUCGAAAGGUCGUCGCUUUUUGUCACCCUCAUGGCCUACUCCCUGUUAGGAAACACGGUGUCCGCUGACAAGGUCUUUGCAAUGGCGCAAUUCUACAACGUGCUGAACCAAACGAUGGCGUCCUUUUAUUCUCUGGCCGUGGCGAAUGCAGCUGAAACCUACGUCACCAUCAGACGCUUACAGAGAUUUCUGCUUCUGGAUGAAAAUGAUGGGUUGCCAGAGCCAAAUGCCAAUACCACACUGACACGAAAGAUGGCACCAACAGGUGUGCAGCUGGUAGAUGCAAGUGCACGAUGGAGCCGUAUUUCACAGAAUGACACACUGAGUGACAUCAAUCUAACUGUCAAACCAGGACAGCUGUGUGCUGUUAUAGGACCUGUUGGUUCUGGAAAGAGUUCUCUGCUACAUGCUGUCCUGGGUGAACUACCUCUCAAGACAGGUCAUAUGAUCACUGGAGGAUCUAUUGCAUAUGCCUGCCAGGAACCAUGGAUUUUUGUUGGGUCGGUUCGCCAAAACAUUCUUUUUGGACAGCCAUAUCACCCAGAGAAAUACCGUGAGGUAGUGCGAGUGUGUGCUUUGAAAAGAGACUUUGAGAUGCUGCCGUAUGGAGAUCGUACUCUUGUAGGAGAGAAAGGAAUUUCUCUAAGUGGUGGUCAGAGGGCAAGAAUUAAUCUGGCAAGAGCUGUGUACCGCAAUGCAGACAUCUACUUAUUGGAUGACCCUCUCUCAGCUGUCGAUACUCAUGUUGGAAAACAUCUCUUUGAUGAAUGCAUAAACUCUUACCUUGCAAAUAAAACACGGAUUUUGGUUACUCACCAGUUGCAGUACCUUCAAGAUGCUGACAUCAUUGUCAUUCUGAACAACGGUCGUAUUGAAAAUAAAGGUACAUUUGCUGAGAUGCAACGUAGUGGCCUGAAUUUUGCAAAGCUGCUGGCUGGGAAUGAAGAAGAGAAGCCUGAUGAUGAACCACCCAAAAGGCAGAGACUUGUCUCUGAAAUGUCAACAACUAGUCGCACCCAAGAAGAAGAAGAUGUCAAGAACUUGCGAGGUCCUGUAGAGAACAAGGAGAUCCGAACAACUGGAGGUAUCAGCUGGACAGCAUAUGGACAAUAUCUGCGAGCAGGUGGAAAUGCGUGCUUCCUUCUCUUUGUUGCAGCUAUGUUGAUCAUUGCUCAAACAGCAACAAGUGGUGCUGACUACUGGGUUACAUAUUGGACACGUGAAGAGGCAAAGCGACGUCAACCUGUAUACGAGUUUUUUGUGAAUGGCACAUUAGUAGCAACAGAGUACAAUACACAUGAUCAGGUGCCUGUUAUGUUCUCAAAAACCACAUCCAUCGGUAUUUAUGGAGGGGUUGUGUUAGCAUGCAUCCUCCUCACCAUCUCACGGUCAAUGCUGUUCUACAAACUUUGUAUGAAUGCAUCAAUGAGACUACACGACCGCAUGUUUGAUUCUAUUCUUCGUGGAGCUAUGCGCUUCUUUGACACAAAUCCUUCUGGCAGAAUCUUGAAUCGAUUUUCAAAGGACAUGGGGGCUAUUGAUGAACUUCUUCCAAGAGCACUUCUUGAAGCAAUCCAGAUAUUCCUUGUUAUGUCUGGAAUAUUUGCUAUGGUUUUGUAUGUAAACUACUGGUUGGUGCUUCCAAUGGUCGUGAUUGGCACCAUAUUCUAUCUUAUCUCGUGCGUAUUUAUGUCAACAGCACGAAAUGUGAAGAGACUUGAAGGAAUAACACGGAGUCCUGUUUUCUCCCAUCUUUCGGACUCAUUAAAUGGACUCACUACAAUAAGGGCAUCUGGCACACAGGAUAUAGUGAGAAAAGAAUUUGACAGCCACCAAGAUCUGCAUACGUCAGCAUGGUUCCAGUUCAUUGCUACUGGAACAGCCUUUGGUUUCUGGCUUGACUGUUUGAGUGCAAUUUUUGUUACACUUGUCACAUUCAGUUUUCUUGUUCUCGGAGGAGAUGUACCAGGAGCAAAUGUAGGAUUGGCUAUCUCACAGUCACUGAUCCUGACAGUUAUGGUCCAACAUGGAAUUCUGCAGAUCACUGAAGUAGUCAGCCAAAUGACCUCGGUAGAGCGAGUGCUGGAGUACACCAAUAUAGAAAAGGAACCAAGUUUAGAAUCUGAAGAGGGAAGGAAACCAGAUGAAAAAUGGCCAUCUAGUGGACGCAUUGAAUUUAGGAAUAUGUGUCUGCAAUACAGUGAAGCUGAUCCUCCAGUCCUGAAGGAUCUAAACUUUGUCAUUCAACCAAGGCAUAAGGUUGGAAUUGUGGGACGAACUGGUGCUGGAAAAUCCUCUCUCAUAUCAGCUUUAUUCCGCCUAGCUAAAGUAAAAGGAGAAAUUACAAUUGAUGGCAUUGAAACUGGCAGUAUUGGUCUACAUGAUCUGAGGAAGCAUAUUUCCAUUAUACCCCAGGAACCUGUUCUUUUUUCUGCCUCACUGAGAUCAAACUUGGAUCCCUUUGGUGAAUUUGAGGAUCACUUACUGUGGAGUGCUUUGGAAGAGGUGGAACUGAAAUCAGCUGUUCAAAGCCUGGACUUUAUGGUGACGGAGGGUGGUAGUAACUUCAGUGUGGGUCAGAGGCAGCUGGUGUGCUUGGCAAGAGCUAUCCUACGAAACAACAAGAUAUUAGUUUUGGAUGAAGCAACUGCUAAUGUUGACCCAGAGACUGAUGCCCUUAUCCAAGAAACCAUACGUAAAAAAUUUAACGACUGUACAGUUCUUACCAUAGCACACAGGCUGAACACAAUUAUGGAUUCUGACAGAGUCCUUGUAAUGGAUGCAGGAACAAUGGUGGAGUAUGAUCACCCAUACAAGCUAUUGCAGAAUCCUGAUGGUUAUUUCUACAAGCUUGUUCAAGAGACUGGGAAGAUUAUGGCUGAGAAUCUCUUCUUAGUAGCACAACAGGCAUACAGAAAGACAGUAGAAGGAGAUGCUGUUGUGGAGAAUGAAACAACAAAGCUCUAAAGCACAUUAAAGGUGAAACCUACCUUCAUUAAUAAGUGUAUAUGUGGCUUCACACACCAUGCAGCUUUAAACAUCAGAUGCCACUAUGUACUACUGUAGUACAUGUGGUUCUAGUGUGAAUGAUGUUCACUGGGACACAAUUGUCAAAAACAUACCAGCAAUAUACUGGGAGACUGAGUGAAUGUUUGACAAAGUGAUGAUGGUUCAAUAUAAAUGAAAAAGAUGUAAAUUUAGUGCACUAUAAGACAGUCGUAAAGUGAGGCACUUCUCACUUAAUGUUUCAUUUCUCUAUUGAAACACUGAAUUAGAUGACUGAAGAGAAACUAGAAAAGUGAUUUCAAACUAUCAAAAAUAUAUAAAAGCUGUUAACUUUGAGGGCCUUUUUACAGUAUUCAGUAUUGGAAACAAUAUUAUUUUUACUCUGUGGAGAUAUGUUUGUACAUGUAUGUGAAUCCACACGUAUGAGUGGAUAUUACAGUGAGUGAGUGAGUGAGUGAGUGAGUGUGAGUGUGUGUGUGUAUGAGAAAGAGAGAGAGAGAGAGAGAGAGAGAGAGAGAGAGAGAGAGAGAGAGAGAGAACAGAGUACCAUGAACUGUGAUUAUUUAUUUGUAAAAUGUUAUAAUAAAUUGUUUCCUUUACAAUUAAAUACUUUCUCCUUGUCUUUAAAAAUAUGAUUACUUUUUGGGCAUUUACUUUACAAUGCUUACCACUUCUGAAAUUUAUGCUCAGUGUAUAUUACACUCAACAUACAUUUAUUGCCACAUUUAUUGAAAAGUUGCAUUGAAUUGCAUUUGUGGUAAAUUCAGCUUUCAUUUGAAUGUAAUUGUCUCAAUGGUCACAGUCAGCUUUGGAGCAAACAUGAACUGCCCAUUGCUGAAUACUAAAUGCAGUGAAUGAAUUAAUGUAACCAUAGAUUAGGUUUAUCCACACCAUUUCCUUUUAAUUUAAAAAAAAAUUGUGUUCACAUUCCUUUGAGAUCAAUGCACAUUCUAGAUAACUGUGUAAAAACUGUGAUGAUUAUAGACAAGCUACAUAAUAAAGAGUAAUAAUUAUUUUAUCA